ACGACGAAGACUUUUAUAAAAGCUCUGCAAGCAAAUAAUUGCAAACAACCCCGAGACUUGCAGGGUAAGUUUGCCUACUGUUAUCUUCCUAUAAAACCGGUACUGCGUGCUUAAACACUGCGCUCUUCGAAUCAUCAAAACGUAGUGCACAUCUUUCUCUUUAGAAUCAGAAAGUCCUAAAUAUUUCUUCCUUGUUUUUCUAUAACCUUUUCCGGUUAAGUUUUGUUAAUUAUGGCUGGCAAAGGCAAUGGUGCGGCAAUUGGGAUCGACUUGGGAACGUGCUAUUCGUGUGCGGCAGUUUGGAAGCAAAACCGGGUGGAGAUCAUACCCAAUGAGCUUGGGAACCGAAAGACUCCAUCUUAUGUGGCUUUCAAUGAGACCCACCGUUUGAUCGGUAAUGGGGCCAUGGACCAGGCUGCCAUGAAUCAUAGCAACACUGUUUUUGACGCUAAACGUUUGAUUGGAAGGAAAUUCGACGAUGCCUCAGUGCAACAUGACAUGAAAUUGUGGCCAUUCAAGGUGGUUCCUGGCCCUGAUGGGAGGCCACUUAUUGUGGUUGAAUACAAGUACGAGGAAAAGCGGUUUUUGCCCGAAGAAAUCUCUUCAAUGAUUCUCAUAAAGAUGAAGGAGAUUGCUGAGGUUUACUGUGGUUCGAAGAUAAAAAAUGUUGUUAUCUCUGUCCCUGCUCGUUUCAAUCACUCACAGCGUCAAGCAACAAUGGAUGCUGGUGUCAUUGCAGGCCUGAAUGUGAUGCGAAUAAUCAACGAGCCAACUGCUGCUGCUAUUGCAUAUGGGCUUGACAAGGACAAUAAUGCUGGUGAGAAGAAUGUGCUCAUCUUUGAUCUUGGUGGUGGUACUUUGGAUGUCUCACUUCUCGCCAUUGAAGGAGGUGUUUUUGAAGUGAAAGCUACGGCUGGUGAUACCCACUUGGGAGGUGAGGAUUUUGACCGUAGAAUGGUGAACCAUUUCCUUCACGAGUUCAGAAAAAGGCAUAAGCGGGAGAUUGCUGGUGGAAAGGCUCUUAGGAAGUUGUGGAUUGCUUGUGAAAAGGCCAAGAGGAUCCUCUCAUCUAAUACUCGAACUACAAUUGAGAUUGAUUCUCUAUUUGAUGGUAUUGACUUUAACACAAGCAUUACCCGAGCAAGGUUUGAGGAGCUUAACAUGGAUUUGUUCAGAAAAUGUAGGGAGCCCCUUAAGAAGUGUUUGAAGGAUGCUAAGAUCGAUAAGAACAGUGUCCAUGACGUGGUUUUAGUUGGAGGGUCUACUAGGAUCCCCAAGAUCCGGGAAUUGUUGCAGGAAUUCUUUGAUGGGAAGGAGCUCUGCAAAAGGAUUAACCCUGAUGAGGCUGUUGCUUAUGGUGCUGCUGUUCAGGCCGCAAUUCUUAACCGCGAGGGUGGUAGGAAAGUGAAGGAUAUCUUGUGCCUAGAUGUCACUCCUCUAUCCCUUGGAUUGGAGACUGCUGGAGAGGUCAUGAGUGUGCUGAUACCAAGAAACACCACCAUUCCCGUCAAGAAGGAGGAGGAGUUCUCAACCAAGGAAGAUAACCAGCCUGGGGUGCUGAUUCAGGUGUAUGAGGGUGAAUGUAGCAGCACUCAUGACAACAACUUGCUGGGCAAGUUCGAACUCUCUGGUAUUCCUGCUGCUCUUGGUGGAGUUUCAAAAAUCACCGUUUCCUUUGAUGUCGAUGCUGAUGGUAUCUUGAGCGCCUCUGCCAAGGACAAAACCACUGGACAGAAGACUGACAUCACAAUCACCGACAAGGGCAGGCUCUCCAAGGAAGAGAUUGAGAAGUUAGUGCAGGAGGCUAAGAAGUACAGGGCUGAGGACGAGGAACAUAAAAUGAAAGUUGAUACAAAGAAUGAACUCGAGAACUAUGCUUACGACAUGAUGAACGCAUUCAAAGACGAAAAGAUUGCAGUUAAGGUCCCUGCUGCAGACAAGAAGAAGAUUGAAGAAGCAAUUGAGCAGGCUAUCCAUUGGCUUGACCGAAACCAACUUGCUGAGGCAGAAGAAUUUGAGUUCAAGAAGGGCGAGUUGAUGAGCAUCUGCGGCCCUUUCAUUGCCAACAUUGGUCAAGGUGCUGAAGGUGACAUGAGUGGAACCACGCAAGAGGAGUCUGAGAAGUGCAUUUAUCAGCAAAAGGAGUGUAAUAUCAAGGUCGAGACAAAGAAUGCAAUGGUGAACUACGCUUACAAUAUAAUGAGCACUUUAAAAGAUGAAAAGAUUUCAGCUAAGAUCCCUGCAGCUGACAAAAAGAGGAUCAAAGAUGUAAUUCAGCAGAGUAUCCAUUGGCUCGAAGGGAACCACAAUGCCGAGGCAGAUGAAUAUAAGGUCAGGAUGAAGGAAUUGGAGAGCAUCUGCGACCCAGUCAUUGCCAGGACUUAUCAAGUUGCUAAUGGUGACAUUGGUGAAGCCUCGCAAAAGCAUAAGGAACCCAAUAAUGAGACCAAAACCAAAAUGCAGGACGCUGAGAAGGAUAUGGAUCAGGAAAACGAGCAUAAGACGAAGGAGACAGAGAAGAGGAAGAAGAAGGUUGAGAAGAAGAACAUGGCUGAAGAUAAGGUGCAUGAGGUUGAGGCAAAAAAUGCUUUGGAAAGUUGUGCUUACUACAUGAGGUACAAAAUCAGAGUUGUGAAGAAUGCUUUGACAAAGACCGAAGAUGCAAUUGAGCAGACUAUCCUUUGGCUUGAUAAGAACCAGAAUGCCGAGGCAGGGGAGUUUGAGAAUAAGAUGAAGGAGCUGGAGGGCAUCUGUCACCCGUUCAUUGCCAAAAUGAACUAAGGAGCUGGUGGUGAUAAAAAAAAAUAUAUAUAUAUAUAUAUAUAUUUCUUUCUACUGUUAUCUGAUCUUUGUUUGUGAGUAAUUGAAAGUUGUUGGGGCUUGAAGGGUGAGGCUUUAGUUACUUUUAUUGCACUUAUAUGUUAGCAUUGUAAAUCAGUUGUAUAUUGGGCGUUCUUGGGAUGUUUAAACUAUAUGUUGUGUUGUGAUGUUGGAAAAAA